AUGGACACCAUCAAUGUAGCCUUAGCAGGGGCGGCCGGCAACCUCGUCCCCGCGAUCCUGAACGCCCUCCUCACCGACCCACGAAUCAAAGUCACCCAGCUCCGACGCGCGGGCAGCAAAAAAGGCUCCGACACACGCGCCCCAUCUCGCGAAGUGGACCUCACAUCGCUAGACUCCCUAACAAGCGCACUGCAAGGCAAAGACGUACUGGUAAAUACACUAGGGUUCGGGCUCGUAAGGGUACAUGUACACCUUCGGCUCAUCGACGCCAGCCUCGCCAGCCUCGCAGCCGGCGUGCAGCGGGUGAUCCCGUCGGAGUUCGGUGUCGACAUGAGCAAGCCACGCACGGGGGCGCGGUCGAUUUUCCAAGAGAAGAUCGAUGUGCAGAAACACCUGCGCGAAAUCCGGUGGAUCGGAGGCAAAUUCCGGGUCAGGGGCUGCGGUGGAGAUCUCGAUGGUGGAGAUCAGAAGUUUAGUACGACUAUGCAGGCAGGUGCGGGGAGGGCUGUUGUGGGCAUCGUGACGCGUCUGGAGAUGACGAGGAAUCUCAUCGUGUAUGUGCGCGAGGCGGCUGUUUCGCAGAAACAACUGUUGCGGCUUGCGGGUGAACGAAUGGUUGCGAUAAAGGAGGUGCGCACGGUUGAUUUGGAGAGUCAGGGCUACGCGGAGGCUACGCGGAGGGCGAUCUUUGGGGACGGGUUUGGGAGUCACUUUGAGGAGGGGCGCUUGGCGAAUCGGUUGGUUGGGGUGAAGGAGAUGACGGAGGAGGAGUUGAGGGGGGUGGUGGGGAAGUAUAGGAAGUGA